AUGUGCGCAGUCAGCCUGCAGGACUACCUGGAUAGGAAGGAGAAGCGGAAGUUCCUCAAAGCAGCUGCCAAAAAGGCACCGAAGAAGCCGGACACUGACCGAAAUGGCCGGCCUGGUCAGAACAGUGGCGGGCCAAAAUCUGGCUACAUGCUCUUCUCCAGCGAGAUCCGUGAGAAGGUCAAGGAGGAAGUCAUGGCCGCUGGAGGGGGACUCGCAGACAUCGGGAGAAAGAUAGCAGACAAUUGGAAAGAGCUUCCGGAGACAAAGAAAGCGGAAUAUGAUGAAACUUCCAAGUCACAAAAGGAAGUGUUUCAAGUCGAGUAUGCUGAAUACAAGAAGACGGAAGACUUCAAGGAUUUCCAAAAGCAAAAGGCAAAGCUGGAAGGAAAGCACGAGCUGAGGAAACUUCAGCUGAACACCUACAAGGAAGCGCCUGACAAGCCCAAGGGUCCCUUUGCUCUCUACAAAGCGCAGCACAUGAAGCGGGUCAUGGAGGAGAACAAGGGAGCGACUGCUGCUGAACUCAGCAAGCUCCUGACAGAUUUAUGGAAGAAGGCUGAGGCAGAAGAAAGAGCUCCCUUUGAGCAACAGGCCGCCGCUCUCAAGAAGGAGUACUUGCAGCAAGUGGUCGAAUUCAAGCGGAAGCAGGUCUAUCUGAAAUUCCUGCAGCAGCGCAUGGCCUGCAGAACCAAGGAGAAUCGGCGAGUUCACUUGAACGACAUGCCCAAGAGGCCGAAAAGUGUUUACGCCCUGUUCAGGGAUGACAUCAAGGACGAGGUGCCCAGUGGGAAGGGAGAAGGCAAAGGCAUGAACUUUGUGAAGAACAAGUUUCAAGAAAUUGAUGAGACAGAGAAGAAGAAAUACUUGGACAUGGAAGCAGAACUGAAGCAGAAGUACAACGAGGACGUGAAGACCUACAAGGAGGGUGAGAAGUACAAGGAAUUUGAGAAGACAACUGGCAAGAUCAAGAAAGAACUGAUGACAGAAGCCAUGAAGGUCAUGACUUUGAAGUUCCUCAACGAUGCACCUGCUGAGCCGCCAAAGAGCACCUUUGCCAUCUUCGUUGGUGAAAAAAGGCGCCUGUCCGAGGAAUCCAACGGAGCACCUCCAAAGAAGAGGAGUCGUGAGGAAGCCUUUGCAGAGGUUGCGAAGUUCAAGGAGGAAUGGAGAAAGCUUGACAAGGAAGCCAAACAUGUCUAUGACGAAAAGCGCCAAGAGCGAUUCACGGCAUGGAAAGAGCAAGUCAAGGAGUACAUGGAGCAGCCAAAAUGGAAGGAAUACAUUGAAGAAGCCAAGAUGCUCAAACUGCCGGUGAAAAGUUUGUUGUCCAAGAAGAAGAUGGCGAUCAAAAAGCUGAAGAACGGCAUGAAGAUCCAACCCUUGCCGGAGAAGCCAGAGAACUUCCCCACCAAACCGCCCAAUGCCAAGCGCAUCUUCUGCUCAGAGAAAAGGAACGAAGUGGAAGAUCCAUCAAAGCUGCUGGAGAUGUGGGCUUCCUUGUCGGAAGAGGAACGGAAGGUUUACGAUGGAAAGGAACAGGAUCUUCUGGCACAGUACCGUGAGGACGUGCAGGCUUUCGAAACAAGCGACGAGGGCAAGGAGUAUCUCAAGAAGUUGACGCAGGUGCGGAAGAGCAAUGCGAUUGCAUCAGCAAAAGACAAGUAUUUGGUGGGUAUGCCGAAGAAGCCGAAGGGAGCGAUUCAGCUUUUCUUGCAGGAGAAGUUGAAGGAAAUCAAGAAGGCCAAGCCGGACUUGAAGGGUCCAGAGCUGAAGAACGAGGUUCGUGAAGCGUGGAACGCAUGCCAAGAGGAGGAGAAAAAGAUUUAUCAGGAUAAAGCUGACGGCCUCAUGGGCGAUUACGAGGAAAAGCUCAAAGAGUUCAGGGAGACUGAGAACUUCAAGAAGUAUGCUUUGGAAGUCCGCAAGCUUUCCAAGAAGAAGAAGCCAGUUGCAGGGAAAGCCAAAGGAAAGGGGUCCGGAGAGCCCGCGAAGCCAGCAUCAAUGCCACGAAAACCUCCAGAUGCUUUCAAGCUCUACCGUGAGCAGGAUGGUGCUGGCAAGAAGGCGGCAGAUGCCUCUCAGGCUUUCGGUGAGCUCUCAGAGGAGGAGACGGCAAAGUUCAAAGAACUUGCCAGCAAGGCUAAGGAUGAGUACAAGGAGAAAAUGGAUGAGUUCAGAAAGUCCGACGAGGGGAAGAAGUAUCUGAGAGAAGUGGCAGCCUUCUACAAAAGGAAGAAGUUUGCCAACGCAAAAGCCAAGUAUUUGAAGGAUGAGCCUAAGAAGCCUCCCUCAGCAGUCCAGCUCUUCAUUGUUGCGAAGCGUGAUGAAGUCGCGAAGGAGAACCCCGAUAGGAAGGGCUUGCUUCUCAACGCCAAGUGUCAUGAGGUCUUCAAAGGACUCCCAGAGGAAGAGAAGCAGGUGUACGUGGAUAAAGCAGAUGAGAAGCGGAAGGAAUACGAAGAGAAAGUUGAGGAGUUCAAGCAAACUGCGGAUUACAAGAAGUAUCUGCAAGUUGUCAAGCCAAAAGCAGCUACAGGUAAAGGAAAAGGCAAAGCUGCGAAGAAAAAGGACCCCGGGCCAGAAGUUCCCAGCAGCAUGCCCAAGAAGCCGAAGACUGCCAUGCAGCUCUUCAUGAUGUCCAACAAGGGCAUCUAUGGCGGCGGGGGCCUGAAGCAACAGACAGCGGCCUGGACAGAACUGGGUGCAGAGGGUCAGAAAAAAUACACAGAGGAGGCCAAGGAGCUGUCUGAGAAGUUUGAGAAGGAGAUGCUGGAUUUCCGACAGACAGGUGAAGGCAAGAAGUAUUUCAGACUGAAGGCAGCUGCGGAGAAGAAAGCCCGCGUAAACAGUGCGCGGGCGAAGUACUUGGGCCAGGAUGAUGCGCCCAAGGAGCCCAAACCUGCCCCUGGUGCGUACCAGCUGUUCGUCCAGGAGAAGAGACCAUCUCUGCAAGCUUCCGGCAAAUCCAUGACCGACGUCGCAAAGGAGCUGUCCCAGCUGUGGGGCACGUAUUCUGAGGAUGACAGAAAGCCUUUCGAGCAGCGUGCAGCCGAGCUCAAGGCAGAGCAUGAAGAGAAGAUGAAAGAGUACAAGUCGUCAGACGCGUACAAAAAGCGGGCCGUGGCCGUCCGGAAAAGAAGGAGGUUCAUCCGCUUCAUGUUGAUGGUGAAGGGUUCGCCGCUGCAGGAUGUCCUGGCAAAGAAGCCGAAGGAGUAUUGGGACUAUGAGAAGAUGAUAGUCAAAUGGGGCAAGCUGGACGACUACGAAGUCACGCAGAAAAUCGGGCGGGGCAAAUACAGUGAAGUUUUCACUGGCUUCCACGUGCCCACAAACAAAAAAUGUGUCAUCAAGAUCCUGAAGCCCGUCAAGAAGAAGAAGAUCAAGCGUGAAAUCAAGAUAUUGCAAAACGUCAGCAAGGGACCCAACAUCGUGGCCUUGCUGGACGUUGUCCGCGACCCACUUACGAAGACACCAUGUCUCGUCUUCGAGCAUAUCAACAAUACAGACUGGAAGAGUCUGUACCCCAAGCUUACGCCCUACGAUAUUAAGUUCUAUUUGUACCAGGUCUUGAAGGCACUUGAUUACAGCCAUUCACAGGGACUCAUGCACCGGGAUGUGAAGCCACACAAUGUCAUGAUCGACCAUGACAAGCGAGAGGCCAGCUUGUGA